AUGUCAUUUGGAAGAGCAGCUGCUGAAAGAUUAGCCAAUAGAUCAAUUCUUAUUACUGGUGCUUCAUCAGGUAUUGGAGAAGCAUGUGCCAAAAUUUUUGCUGAAGCUUCAAAUGGUCAAGUUAAAUUAGUCUUGGGUGCAAGAAGAAAAGAAAGAUUAGUUAAAUUAUCUGAUUCUUUAAUUAAAGAAUAUCCAAAUAUUAAAAUUCAUCAUGAUUUCUUAGAUGUUACUAUUAAAGAUUCAAUUUCUAAAUUUGUUGCUGGUAUUCCUCAAGAUUUUGAACCUGAUGUAUUGAUCAAUAAUAGUGGUAAAGCUUUAGGUAAAGAAGUUGUUGGCGAAUUAAAAGAUGAAGAUAUUACUGAAAUGUUUGAUACUAAUGUUAUUGGGGUUUUCCGUAUGACUCAAGAAGUUUUACCAUUACUUAAAAAGAAACCUUAUGCUGAUGUUGUUUUUAUUGGAAGUAUUGCUGGUAGAGUUCCAUAUAAAAAUGGUGGAGGUUAUUGUGCUUCUAAAGCAGCUGUUCGUAGUUUCACUGAUACUUUAAGAAAAGAAUCAAUUAAUACUGGACUUAGAGUUAUUGAAGUUGAUCCAGGUGCAGUUUUAACUGAAUUUAGUGUUGUUCGUUAUAAAGGUGAUACGGCUGCUGCUGAUGCUGUUUAUGAAGGUACUACUCCAUUAACUCCUGAAGAUGUUGCUGAAGUUGUUUUAUUUGCUUGUUCUAGAAAACCAAACACUGUUAUUGCUGACACUUUGAUUUUCCCAACUCAUCAAGCUUCUCCAGAUCAUAUUUACAGAAAACCAAAAGCUUAA